UGGUGGGGAGCCGAAGAGCAGGGGAGCAGAGGGAGGGACUAUAAACUAGCGUUAGUGUAAAAUUUCAACAUUUCGUCGUCUUCGUCUCUCAUCGCAGGGUUACACAAACUUCUCCACUAAGGAAAUCAAUCCUCAUCAGCAGCCAUGGGUGUAGAGGGGGGAAUGAAAUGUGUCAAGUUCCUGCUUUUCUUUUUCAACUUUAUUUUCUGGUUAUGCGGCCUAGCGUUGAUCGUCGUGGGAAUCCUGGUUCAGGUUAAUUUGCACAAGACCUUCAUGAUCCGUGAUCCGACAGCCUCCGGAGCUCCCAUCGUCCUCAUCGGAAUCGGUGUGGUGAUUUUCUUCAUCGCCUUCUUUGGCUGCUGCGGUGCCUGGAAAGAGAACUACUGCAUGGUCACCACGUUUGCCAUCCUUAUCUCUCUUAUCAUCAUUGUUGAGAUUGCUGCAGCAAUUGCCGGAUACAUCUUCAGGAACAAAAUCUCAAAUGUCGUCCAGGAUAGUCUCACCGAAAUGAUCACCAACUACAACAACAGCACAGAUGAUUUCAAAAAGGCUGUGGAUAAUCUGCAGGAGGAUUUGAAAUGCUGUGGCGUGAACAGCUCCGCCGACUGGAAAAACUACAGACCUAAUGGGAACUCAGUGCCUGACUCGUGCUGUGUGAAUGUCACCGCCGGCUGUGGAAUCGGGACCAUGACAGAUCCUGCCAAAGUGCACCAGAAGGGUUGUCAAGAUGCUGUUGAGGCUUUACUGAAGAAACACAUCCAGUGGGUGAUAGUUGCAGCUCUCGUUAUUGCUUUCCUGCAGAUUAUGGGCAUCGUGUUCUCCUGCCUGCUGAUGAGAGGCAUCCGCAGCGGCUACGAAGUCAUGUGAUUCAGCUUCACACCUGAGUAGGAGUUGUUUGUUCAGGUCAAGUUUGGGAGCUUAAUUCGGAAACGUUAAAUAUUCUUAUACUUCAACUAUAAUGCACAGAACAAUAUAUUUUUCCCUCAUUGAUUUUUGGAUAUAUUUUCAUAGGUGAGCAGUACGUUUCUACUUUGAUACUGUAUGUGUGUAGGAAUACAAAAUGAUAGACUUAGUAGAGAUUAACGUCCACUUUUAUCACAUAUUUUCUUGUUGGUUGUAAGGAGUUCUAACAUCUUUUUACUUUGCUGGAUCUCUUUUGAUGCUGAGUUUUAAUGUCUUGCUGGUUCCCAAGUCUCUAUUUUUAUUAAAGACUCUUUAAAUUA